AUGGCACGCCCUGACUCGUGGGUGAAAGACUACGAAGCCGUCGAUUUUGAUGUGCCCUUCACUCCCACCAACAUCAACCUCAGCGAGCGCGAGAGGAUGCUGAACGAGUCCUCCAAGUCCUCGACCCCGGAACCAGAGCAGGAACAGCACCAUCAACACCAGCUCCGACAACCGCCUCCACCACCGCCGAAGGAUGCCGCACGGACGUCAUUGGUGGGAGGAGGAGGAGGAGGAGGAAGGGUUGUGAGUUCGGGCUCGGGUGCGGGGUUGGAUGACCGCACGAGGGUGUCGCGAUACACCCUGUCCGAUCCGGGCUUUCUCCCGCCCGUGUCGUCUCGGGCGUCCGUCGUCCUCGUCUCGUCGUCGUCGGCCCAGCAGCAACCACAGCACCUACCCUCCUCACCUACCGUCGCCCAGCAGACCUACCCGCAUACGCAUACACGGACGCUCUCCUCGGACCAACUCCUACCCUCGUCACCGCCUGCGUCGUCACCGACGUUCCCACCCACAUCGCCUCCUGCAACGCACACGCAUACCAAUAUCCACACGCAGCCGCCCGUAGUCUUCCCCAGUGGGACGGGUAUCAACACGAGCGGCGUGCCCAUGGCCCGUGUCCCACGCUCUGCCUCGUUCAAAGGCUCCCCUCUCAAUCCCUCCGGCUCGUCACCAGCCUCCUCGAUCAAUAACGGGCAAGCACCAGCACCGUCGACGCCCACCCUCCAACCGCACUCGCCUUCGUCGUUUACGUCGCCAUUCGCCCGCCCAGGUUCGAGAGGAUCGACGUACUUUGCAAGAUUGGCGUCGGAGGAGUCGAGAGCACUGAGUUGGGGUGGACAGGAACAACGAGGAGUCGGGACUGCAACACCCUCCUCAACAGCAGGCUCUAUCCCCGCCCUCCCUACACGCGGGUCGAUGAUCCUGUACCGGGUCGCCCUACCCGACCCAUCCGCACCCUCUCCUGGGCAAUCUCUUCCUCCGUCGUUCUCCUCCGGCUCUUCUCCUCUCAACCACGGUACAACACCCCCAACUGCAGCGGAAGACGGCGGUCUCCUCCCACCACCGUCCUUCUCCCAGCUCAACCGCGCCUCGGUCUAUUCAACGUCCGGCGACUCGAUCGUCUCGAUGGGCAGCGAUUCCAAGUAUCCUGCCGGCCUUGGUUUCGGCGUUGGAUUGGGCUUAUCAUCUCCUCAUUCGCAAGCAGGUGUCGGAAGCGGAGGAGGACUGGUGGCGUACGCAUACGACCCGGACGAUGAUAGCGACGGAGAGGGCGACGAACCGGACCCGCUACACGACCUCGACUACCCGCCCCCUCCAUAUACUCGUGACCGGGCCAAGGCUUCCGCCAGAGCAGGCAAGAGAUCGAGCGACGCGACGUCCUCGUCCACCCCAUCCUCCUCCUCCAACGGCAAGGGCAAGGAGAAAGCGCCCUCCACCUCCUCCCAACACAGCGUGCGCCGCGUCUAUGCAGGCGAAGUGUACGAGCCCUACCCGCCGCACCUCGCCUUCCUCUCUUCCUCCUCCGCACCCUUCUCGUCCCUAUCGCACCUCUCGUGGCGCGGGCUCGUCAAUGUUUCGGCUAUCAUGCUGUUGCUGUUGGCGCUGCUGUGUUUGUUCAUCGGGUUUCCGGUGAUCAGCGUGGUGAGGGAUGAUGGGAGGAGUGUGUUGAUCACGAUGAAUACGAGGAUCAACUCGACGGGGCAGGCGGUUGCGUUUGAUUUUGACCCGGAGACGGGGGUGGUGGCGACGAGGGAGGAGGAGAGGAAGAGGGAGGAGAUUGAGGAUUUGGCGGGGUGGGCGGUGGAGAAGGAUCGUUAUGGAAGGGAGGAGAUUGAGGAUGUUGAGUUGUGGGCCGUCGAGAAAGACCCAUUUGGGCGUCGCGAGGAGGUCCGAGAGCAGGUCGAGGAUCUGGAAGCGUGGGCGGUGGAGAAGGACCCGUUCGGACGUCGAGAGCAACUUGAAGACGUCGGGCCAUGGGCGGUAGAAAAGGAUCUUUUCGGGCGGCGCGAGGAGGUUGAGGAUGUGGAAGGAUGGGCAGUCGAAAAGGAUGUUUUUGGGCGAAGAGAGGUGCAGGAGGUCCUUGGCUCGCCGUUGUCGCCCUUAUCGCCCCCAUCACCUGCGUCUCCUCAAUCCAACGUUCAACUCAAGCCUCAACUUCUCGAAGCCAACCCCGAUACGUUCAUCGACCGCGCCACACCUCUCUCCGCACACACCCUGCACCUCAACGACAUCAACGCUGUCGACAGCCUCAGAGCCCUCAACAUCGUCGACACCGACUUCAAACUCAUCCUCUCUAUGGAGUUCCCGUCGGGCCCACGUCCGGGCAGUGUGACGAUGGGUCAGGCGUGCCUCGACCUCGACCUUGACGUUGCGUCGGGUGGUGUGCUGGUCGAGGUUGGGUACGUUCGUCAAUACCAGGGUGGGUGGAAGGAGGAGGAUAGGAAAGAUGGCGUUUUGAGCAGGAUACGUGGCACCGGCAGGACGGGUAUGGGUGGGGGUGCUGGACGUGAAGGGGUAGAGGGAGGUGUGGGUCGCAACCACCAUGGGCCCAUUGGGCAGGAGAAGCAAGAGCAGGAGACGAGAGGCAGGGCUCUUUACUGGAUCAACGCCCGCGGAGACUCGAACCUCGUACACUCGACCAAGGGCCUGGUAUCUUCCUCCUCGUCUUCGACGCUGAUUCUAGCAUCAGGAUCGGCCUCGCAGGAGGAGCGGAGCAAGCACAUCAAUCUCAGCCUCCUCCUCGGCCUCCGCCACCUCUCUCGCGAACCGGUCGAGGACGAGCAAGGGCCCAAGGUCGAGUACGUUAGGCUCUACGCCCCAGCCAGCCGUGCUGGAGUGGUAUCCUGCGUCGCAGACAAGGUGGAGAGUGUAGUUGCUGAGCUGACGUUGAAUAUCGACACUGAGCGGAUGUCAUAA